CACGAAUAAUAUGAUCCUUUAAUCGACAUUUAGUUCAUGGUAUUCUUGACAUCUGCAUGACUUUUUAGCGGCAGUCCAACAUGGUUCGCUGUCGUCCUCGUAUAGCCAUCAAGAAAAGACCUCACAUGUCCUGAUAUGGAUUGUUGAUGAUGUCUCAAUGACUUCCUCUCGCUUUAAAUGGUUCCAGUGGCUCGUGUAUUUUGCUUCAGCCGGAAUUCCCUCUUUCUGAUAUCCAAUUGGUUUCAAUUCUAACGAGGCUUUUUUGUGCAAUUUGAUCAUUUCGUUUUCUCUGCCGUCGUCGAUCGCGUGCAUCCUGUACCACUCCGCUGAUACGUUUGAUACAGAAAAGCAUAUAAAACUUCAUUAUCGACGCACCUACCUUCUAUGCUAAAAAUUGAUUUUCCUUUCAAAGUCCAUGAUAAUCCUUCUUGCGUCUCCCAUUCAGUAAACCUUACAUAUUUGUCCUAUUAUACUUGAAAAGCCAUUUUUCUGUUCAACAGUAUCUCAUUUUGGAUUUCCUUGUUGCGACAAAUCUUUGUUACCCUUGCCUACUGUUAUUAUUACACCAAGCUAUGACUCUGCGAAAGAAUGCAGCCUCUUCCUUGUCAGUAAUCAUAUACAUCUUUUGGGUACUUUUAGGUUCGUCGAUAUGUGCAGCUCAAUCAAACACAUAUCAUCCCAUUCCCGAGAAAGGCCCCCUGGGAUACGUGUCGGAUAAAAAUUGCAAGCAUGGCCCUACGAACCGAGCCUGCUGGGGUGGGGGUUUUGAUGUAGCCACAAACUUUGGCGUGAAAUGGCCAGAUACAGGAAAAGUGGUGGAGUAUCAUCUUGAAAUAACCAAUACUACUUUAGCCCCUGACGGCUUUGAAAGGCUGGUCCUGGCGGUAAAUGGACAAUUUCCCGGUCCAACCAUUAGAGCGGAAUGGGGCGAUACCGUUCGAAUCCAUGUGAAAAAUAAUAUGCAGAAUAAUGGAACAAGUAUACAUUGGCAUGGAAUUCGUCAGAAGUACACAAACCAGCAAGAUGGAACGAACGGGGUCACAGAAUGCCCUAUUCCCCCCGGCGGAUCAAAAACGUACGAAUUUAAAUGUACUCAAUAUGGGACAUCUUGGUAUCAUAGCCAUCAUACUGUGCAGUAUGGCGAUGGAGUUUUAGGAGCCAUUGUGAUCUCCGGCCCAGCUUCAGCCAACUAUGAUAUCGAUCUCGGAGAGAUGUCUAUCCAAGACUGGUAUUAUCGCACGGCAUGGCAAAACGCACUUCUUGGCAUUCCUCCUGUUGCUGACAAUGGCCUCAUAAAUGGAACCAUGGUGAACGCAAAUGGCGGAGGAAAAUACCAUGAAAACGUUAUUAAGAAGGGGAAGUCAUAUCUCUUACGGUUGAUCAAUACAUCAGUGGACAAUUAUUUCAAAGUCCAUUUGGAUAAUCACCUUUUCACGGUGGUUUCAAGCGACUUCGUUCCCAUCAUGCCUUACCAGGCUGACUGGUUGUUUAUUGCAAUCGCAGGGCAACGUUAUGAUGUAAUCAUUCACGCCGACCAGGAGAUCGACAACUAUUGGUUUAGAGCCGAAGUUCAAAAGGGAUGCGGUGAAAACGCGAUGAACGGAAAGAUUAAAAGCAUCUUCAGAUACGAAGGUGCAGACCCAAAUGCGAAUCCCACGUCUGUCGCAAGCAAUUAUACCCAAGGCUGUGAUGACGAGGAGGGUCUUAUUCCAUUCGUUCCAAUUGAUGUGCCAUCUGAGCAUUUCAGCCAACAAGCAAAAGACCUUAACGUCUCUUUUCAGUCCGAAGUUAGUUUGCCGGGGCAAAACAUAGUCCACUGGAGAAUAAACGGAGUCCCUAUUGAAACAGAUUGGGAAUACCCUACUCUUCAAUACGUUCUUGAUUGCAAUACAAGCUUUCCUCAAAGAUUGAACGUAAUCCCAUUACCUGAACCAAAUGUGUGGACGUACUGGAUUAUCGAAGCUAGCUUCGAGAGCACAGUUAACGUUCCACAUCCAAUCCACCUGCACGGGCAUGACUUCUCCAUCCUCGGCACGGGACGAGGUAACUUCCCGGGACCCGAAGGACUCAACUUUAAGAACCCAGCCCGUCGGGAUUCUGUUAUGUUGCCUGAUCAUGGGUGGGUUGCCAUCGCAUUUCCGACAGAUAACCCUGGUGCAUGGUUAGCGCAUUGUCACAUCGCAUGGCACGCACACGAAGGACUCGCAGUCCAAUUUCUCGAACGCAGCUCAGAGAUCCCAUCCGCACUCAACAUCGCUCAAUCAUGGCACCAUACAUGUGCCCAAUGGAAAGAUUACACCUUGGAUGACGCAAUAUACCAACAAGAUGGUUCCGGAAUUUAGAUCAGGGAGGAUGGAAGAUAAGGUCAUGAGACAUACUUAGGAGGGUAUAUCUACGAUACCCUCUUUUUCCAUUCAUUUCCUUUGCUAUAUUUAUUACCUGCUUAGACUAAAUUGGUGAGCGGGGGAGGGAUAUGCUGUAUGGGAAAAUCAAAUCGAGUCAGGUAAAAGGUCCUUCUAACCAUUAACAAUACUAGUAUUAGGAUAUUUAUUAAUCUAAUUUGUGGCGUUUGUAAAUUUGAGAGUAUUCCCAGUGUGCCCUUUAUUUCAAUUUUCAAUAUACGAAUUGUCAUUUUAACUUCAUAUUAUAUCUCCUGCGAUAACCUGUGCAUAGAUCAUCAAUAUUACAGGGCCCAAACAACGUUACUGGCGUCUGUCUUGUGACUG